AAACGGAGGUCUAAAUUUAGACGACCACCCAAAACUGCUACCCAUCGUCCAAACCUGGACGACCGAGCCACGACGUCGAAACACCAACCGCUCGCGCUAGUGCUACCUCCCGCCCCCGUCCGGAAUCCUUGGAGAGGCACCACUCCCGCGAGCUCGCCGGCGCGCCUACCCGCCGUCACGAGAUGGACAAGUCACAGUUGAGCAACUCACAGAUGGACCUCUCAAAUGAGAUCAACUCACAAAUGGACAACUCGUCAUUUCUGGACAUGUUGAAUGUAGGUGGUGACACACAUUGGGGUGGUACACCAGAUAGUAGCCCAAUCGGGGAACAAGCGAGGAUGCCAACUCAAAAUAUUCGUACAUCUGCAAAACCAAAAUCGAGAAAAGGAACCUCAACAAAAGGGAAAAAUUGGUCAAGUGUUGAGGACAAGGUGUUGAUACAAGCAUGGGCAAACACUAGUUUAGAUGCGGUGACCGGGACAGAUCAGAAUUCACAAUCUUACUGGGGUAGAAUUUCAGAAUACUACAAGGCACAUAAGCAACCAUCAUGGCCAGAGCGUAAUGCAAAUGCACUCAAUUGCCGUUUCGGUGGUAUUUCAGCAAGUACUAGCAAGUUCUGUGGAUAUCUUCAGCAGAUUAUAAACAAAGAUGAAAGCGGAAGGACUAUCGACGAUAAGAAAAUAGAUGCAGAAGAGAUGUACAUUAGUUUGGAUCCCAAUAACAAGCCAUUUACACUAAUGCAUUGCUAUAUAGAGUUUGAGAAGCAUCCAAAGUGGCAGACACAACAGGGUUCAAAGAAAAAACAAAAGAAGACCUCAGAUGCAAGUCCGGGUACCACCUCCACUGAUGAAGAUUUUGGUGUAUGUACCGAUGCUCUUGAAAAAGAGAAAAGACCUCCUGGUACGAAGUAUGAAAAAGAACGAAGAGGUAAAGCUCAUGUAUCCGAUGGUACUUGA